GUCUCGCUGGCGCGGAGCGCGGCUUGCGAUUUUGCCGCCGCGGCGCGAGCAUACGAACGCGUCGCGCGACACGAGGUGUUAUAAUUAUUACGCUUCGCCACAACGCCUCGUGCGCUGUGAGAGUGAGCAGUCAGAAAUACCGACUCGUAAGGACACACCGGUGGUUUGGUCCUUCUUUGUCUGCGGCAGACGCGCGUCGUCUUGAUUACGUGCGACGCAGCCGGUCUCGCGCUGGGCAUCCGCUUAAGGAUCGCCGCGCCAGCCGGACGAAUGGCCGACGAGGGCAUCGGCGCGGACUCGACCGUCGACGCCGACGGCAUCACGCAGCUCGUGGCGCUCGUAGGGAACGGCGCGGCCAAAGUAAAGGAGGUGGCCGCCGAGGGGUUGACAGACCUCGCCUCUGAAAGUGCCGCAUACAGCGCCGCGAUCAUCGACGCCGGCGCCAUCGAACCGCUCAUGAGACUCGUGACGAACGGCACGUCCAUGGGCCGGAAGAAGGCCAUGGUGGCAUUGUCGACCCUCGCCGAGGCGGAACCGGCCGAGGGCCAGAGGGAGGCCGCGUGGGCGUUGGUGCGACUCGCCGAGGCGUUGGUGCGUGGGGGACCUACGGACUAUGAUAUGGACGCACGCAAAAAGGUUGCGGUCGCCGAGGCCGGCGCCGUCGACCCGCUCAUCAGGCUCGUGUGCGACGCCAGUGAGGACUUGAAGUUUGGAGCCGCAGAAGCCCUGAGGGAGCUCGACCGCGCCACGAGAAGGCGGAUACGAAUCCUCCAAGACGAGAACAAGUCGCUCAAGCGCCAGCUAGAUCGCAUUGAAGGAGAACAAGUCGCUCAAGCGCUAGCUAGAUCUCUUUGAAUCUCAACCAUCAUUCUGGCGCGCGACCGAGUAAAUUAGCAACAAAAC